UGCGUCGUUAUUUUUACUGGAUCAAACAACACAUUCCGGUUUGCAGAGCUUCGUCGCCCCUUCUCCGCGUCGCUUACGUUCUCCCAAACCUUGGUUGAUUUAAAGCCCUCUCCGUCUCGUUUCCGGUGCGGCGAGAGCAAAGCUGUUCCCUUUCGCUUCGUGAGUUUGGUUAGAUCUUGUCUUCUAGAGCAGAAUCUUCGUUAUAGUGCGGAGAACUGAAAAAAGUAAAAAUUAAAAUCUUGCGCCGCCCGCUAAGUCGAGGAAUCGACCACCAUGCCUGGUGAAUUCCACCAGCCGACGCAUCGCGAACUUCUCUGCAAUGCCUUCGCCGGGGCCUCCGCUGGGAUAGUUGCCGCUACGUUUGUUUGUCCGCUGGAUGUUAUCAAGACGAGGCUACAGGUGCAUGGAUUUGCCACGCUUGCAGAUUCUUCCCGCCGGGGAAGCAUUAUCAUUGCAAGCCUAGAACAGAUAAUUAAAAAGGAAGGAGUUAGAGGAAUGUAUCAUGGACUCUCUCCUACAAUCAUUGCAUUACUUCCAAAUUGGGCAGUAUAUUUUACAGUUUAUAAUAAGCUCAAAGGCUUACUUCAUUCACAAGAUGCAGCUGAUGUUGACAAGCCACUUUCAGUUGGAGCAAACAUUGUUGCUGCCUCUGGUGCAGGAGUUGCAACCACAGUCGUCACAAAUCCACUGUGGGUUGUUAAGACCAGACUACAAACCCAGAGGAUGAGCUCUGGAGUAGUUCCUUACAGAGGAAUAAUCUCUGCACUUGGAAGAAUUUCCCGAGAAGAAGGUAUACGAGGGCUAUACAGUGGUCUGCUUCCAGCUUUAGCUGGUAUUAGCCAUGUAGCCAUACAGUUUCCACUAUAUGAAAAUAUCAAGUCAUAUUUGGGAAAUAGGGGCAAUACAUCUGUGGAUAAGCUCAGUGCUGGAAAUGUGGCUAUUGCUUCUUCACUAUCUAAAGUUCUUGCCUCCACUAUGACUUAUCCUCAUGAGGUUGUGCGAUCCAAGCUCCAAGGACAAGGACAUUCUAGGAACUCUCCAGCGCAAUAUGCUGGUGCUGUGGACUGCGUUAAGAAAAUCUUCCAAAAGGAGGGCGUGUCUGGGUUUUACCGUGGUUAUGGAACAAAUUUGUUAAGAACCACUCCAGCUGCUGUCAUCACAUUUACCAGCUAUGAGAUGAUUCAAAGAUUUAUGCACCAAUUCAAGUUUGUUUCAUCUGACGAGAGACAACCAGAUUUGCUUCCAAUUUCUAAUAGUCAUAUGAAAUCAUAGACCCGUGGCAAUAAGAUUUUGAGAAAAGAAAGACAGACAAUUAACAAGCAACAGAGGUGCUGUUGACAAAGAGCAUGCCCAGCAUUUAAUUGAUAAUUCUUUUGCAUUGGACCUGGAGCAUUGAUUCUAAUAUUCCGGGUCAAUGAUUGUCAAUACAGUUGAAGUGCAAUACUUAAUAAAGAUGCAUGGCCUGAGUUAGCAAUAUGUAAGGGUUCAGCCCUUAAAAAUAGCAUUAUUUUAAAGAUUAAAAAUUUAAGGUAAAAAGCAGCUAAAUCUGUAUAUUUUGCUAUCAUCAGGAAUGCUAUUAGUAACCUAGUUUAUAGUUUGUAAACAUAUUCUUUGAACGAGUCGAUUGCUCAUGUUGGAUCCUAAUUGUUCUAAACAUUAUCAUACACGUUUAGCUUACCGUCUA